GCAAACUUUAUUGGAUAAGAAACAUGGCAAAAAUAGAGCUAAGUUAUUUGCUUUUAGUUCUUCUUGUACCAGAGCUAUGUUCACAACUUGCAAUAGCUGCUUCACCAGUGAAGUUACUUCCAGGAUUUAAAGGACCGCUUCCUUUUGAACUGGAAACUGGGUAUAUUGGAGUGGAUGAUUCAGAAGAUACGCAACUAUUUUACUAUUUUAUAAAGUCGGAGUCUAAUCCAGAAUCAGACCCUAUUCUACUUUGGAUAACAGGAGGCCCUGGUUGCUCUGCUUUAUCAGGGCUUAUCUAUGAGAUAGGACCAAUAACUUUUGAGCCAGUGGAAUACAAUGGGAGUUUGCCUACAAUGAUACUGAAUCCUUACUCAUGGACAAAGGUGGCAAGCAUUAUUUUCUUAGACUUACCAGUGGGCACUGGAUUUUCCUAUGCAAGAACUCCAGCAGCUUUACAAUCAUCAAAUUUACAAGCAAGUGAUCAAGCAUAUGAGUUCCUUUACAGGUGGUUCCUUGAUCACCCAGAAUUCUUAAAAAAUCCAUUGUAUGUUGCCGGCGACUCGUAUUCGGGGAUGCUCGUUCCCAUCAUUACUCAAAUUAUAGAAACUAAGAAUGAAAUGGGAAUCAAACCAUUUAUGGAUCUUAAGGGAUAUUUACUCGGAAAUCCAUCGACUUUUAAAGGUGAAAAGAAUUACGAGAUUCCAUUUGUUUAUGGAAUGGGACUUAUUUCUGAUGAACUCUAUGAGUCAUUGAAGAGAAACUGUAAAGGAGUGUACCAAAAUACUGAUCCAAGCAAUACACAGUGUUUGCAAGAUGUUCAGACUUUUCAAGAGCUUCUGAAAAGAAUUAACAAUCCCCAUAUUCUGGAGCCCAAUUGUCAGUUUGCUUCACCAAAGCCACACCUAUUGUUUGGUCAAAAAAGAUCUCUUAAUGUGAAGUUUCAUCAACUUAACAAUCCUCAACAACUUCCUGCACUAAAAUGUCGCAAUGAUUGGUACAUACUUUCUUCUCAUUGGGCUGAUGAUAGCCAAGUUAGAGAGGCCCUCCAUAUCCGAAAGGGAACUAUUGGAAAAUGGGUGAGAUGUGCAAGUUUGCAAUACCAAAAGACAGUCAUGAGUAGCAUACCAUAUCAUGCAAACCUCAGUGCUAAAGGUUACAGAUCUCUUAUAUACAGCGGUGGAGAUCAUGACAAGGUUGUUACCUUCCUAUCAACUCAAGCAUGGAUAAAAUCUCUUAACUACUCCAUUGUUGAUGAUUGGCGACCGUGGAUCGUUGACAAUCAAGUUGCCGGUUACACGAGAAGUUACUCAAAUCGGAUGACAUUUGUUACAGUGAAGGGGGCAGGCCAUACUGCACCAGAGUACAAGCCUCGUGAAUGUCUGGCCAUGCUCAAGAGGUGGAUGUCUUACAAGCCCUUGUAAUCAACAAAUGUAUCAUACUUUGUAAUCACUGUCAAGAUUCCAUUGGCACAGUUCAAACAUUCAUUUCUUAUUUCAAGGGGAAAGGGUUUUAAUUUUAAUAGAAUAAAAUCAAAGUCAAGGUUCAGUUGUUAGUAGUAUAAAUAUAUAUAUUAUGAAAAUGUGUCAAUAAAAUGAUAUGGCCUGAAGCUAA